AUGCGUGUAAAAUAAUAGCAGCAAUUAUAUUUGGGUUAAGAUAACUCUCAUAAUCACCUCACUAAUAAUCCAAAUGGCAUGAGCAACAAGAGUUUCAAGAACUUGAUUGAGCCCAACCCAAAUUAAGAUAUGUUUAGCCAGCAUUAAAAACUCAAAGAUCUUAGAAAGUCUCAGCUCAGAAACAAUAAGAAUCUUUCAUUGAUGCAGCCUUCACCAUACAAAUAAGAUAAUAUUAAAGUGAGUGCUGCAUAAGUCAAAUCUCAUCAAAAAUCAUAUUCAAUUCACUAGCAGUACCAUUAGAAUCAAUAAUAGAUACUCUCCCACAAUAAAUCUCAAAGGCAACUGCUGUCUUACAGCCAACUGAGUGGAUCUCCCUAGAAGUCAGAUCACGUGUUGACUGACAGAAAGACUAAUAAUUUGUCUAUUAUCAACACAAAUAAUACUAAUUCUAACAGUAUUAAAGAAGAACAGGAUUUCUUCUAAUACGACAUUAAGUUAACAAAUUUAAAUUUGGUAUCUUAGACUAGACAAUAAACUUCUUUAAGUACUAUAGUUCGCCUACUAAUAGAUGAGGGGUAGUAUACAAUCCUCAAUCAGGUGAACAUGACUCUCGAGAUAGAUGCUUCCAGUAUCGAGACAGCACUCAGGAAGCAAUUCAAUGAGUAUAAAACUUAGAUAAAUAAUUUAAAGGACUAGUUGAUACAUGCUUAUAAAAAAGUAGAAUUGAAGAAUGAGGAAAUAGAAAAACUUAAAAUUUAAAUUGAAAAGCUUCAAAAAUCAUUAGAAGUUUCAUAAAUGAAUGAGAAGAUGCUAGAGGAUGAUAAUCUACUUCUCAAAUAGUAUCUUGACGAUUUCGAUUAGAUCCCAAGCAACAAUGAUUAGAAAUAUGAAUCAAGAAUGUAUCAAGAUGGAAUAUCUGUUUCGAAGUCCAGUGAAAGCCUUGAUCAAGAGAUAUAGCUAAUGAGUAAGAGACUUCUGGAAGUGAACUAGAGCACUCCUACUCUGACUAAAAUAUAGUAAUAAAAUGAGAGCAACAAAAAUAGCAGUAAUGCCAACACAAACAAGCUUAGCUUUGGUAACGGAAAGAUUCAGCAUAAUUACAUAGACAUAAGUAGAUUAAAUCAAGGAUCAGUAUAGGAUGGAAAAGUAGAAAUCUUAAGUCAGAGAACUAAAAGAGUAGAAGAGUAACUCAUGAAAGAAAUAGAAAUUUUGAAAUCUCUCAGAGAUGAACAAGCUUCUUCAUAUAGUAACCCUUCAUUGAAUCAACCACAAUACAGUUCAGGCACAAUAAUUAAGAAUAGAAGACAGCAAUAAAAUGCUAACGGAAAUUCUAAUAUCUUUAUUCAAUAAGACUCUCAAUCUUCGAAAAACUCACCUCUCAUUUAAAAUUUCAAGGAUCAAUCAUAAUCUGGGUAUGUGCACUCUAAUAGUAAUGGAUCAAAUUUAAUCUUUCAUAAAGGAAAAGCUUAUUCAAUUCAUGAUUCUUCAAGUAAACUCACUAGUAUAUAGAAGCAGCAUAUUAUCAUUGAGAAUUAUGAGCUGGAUUCUCCUUCUGUUGUUAGCCGCAUAGAUUCACAAUAAAACUAAUAUAUCUUAGAUAAAAUUGAAGAAACUAGGAAAAGCAACACAAGUUCUGAAAGUAAUGUAAGAUACGAUGAGCAGAGCCCAAACAAAGAUCAUAUUAAUAAGACUCCUAAUCCAGAUAUAAUCUUCAUUAGUGCGGGCACUGCUAAUAUAACUAGAUAAGGAGUACUAUUCAGUACUGAAGAUGGAAUGAAAGAUGAUAGAAGAAACUAUGAGGAGACUAGGACAAUAAUCAAAGCUCCUUAAUUUGAUAAACACUAUCACUACUAAGACCAAGAUGAGUCAAUUGACAGAUUAGUAAUCUUACCAUGUCAAGAAUCUCCAGAUCUUAACGAGACAUAGGUUAGAAAAGUAUUGCUUACUGAAGAAGAUGGGAAUCUUAAUGAAUAAACAGAGUCAGUUGAUGAUUCAUUCUAGCAGAGUAGGAAAGUGUUCACUAAGUAUAUAAAUAAUUUGGCAUUAAGAGUAAAGCAAGAUCAAAGAAUGAAUAAUUACUUCUCUGUUAAUAUUUGA